AUGGUCGACACGAUUGCGGUUCUGAAUCCGAUCCAACUCGAAAUGUCGUCGUCCGAGUUGCAGCUCGCGGUGAGUGCGAGCAGUCGUAGCACAUCGUCGUCGGAUUUGGACCCAGUCUCGCCGCGCGGAGAGGAGAUUUUACGAAUGCAACAAGAACUGAGAGCUACUCGAAAUGCGCUAGCCGAAAAAGAUCGCAAAAUGAAUCAGAUUCAAACUACGGUCGACGCUGAAGUUCAGGAACUCACUGAGAAAUUGUUUCAGGAAGCGUACAAAAUGGUGAAUUCGGCCGAGGCUCGUCGUGAAAAAGCCGAGAAGCUGCUUGCCGAGUCGAGGUCGGAAGUCGAAGUGCUCCGCGCCGAAGUUCUUGCACUUAAAGAGCUCAUCGCUGCACCAGGAAUGGGUCGAAAUCACUUCAAACAGACGUCGAGUCCGUCGCCGGAACACAAAUCGACUCUCGCCAAGUUUUUUAAUUCAUCCUCAUCCAAAAAGUCAAAAGAGCCAUUAAUUUCUGAUAAAAGAAAAACUUCUUCGCUUCCUUCGACUUUAACAUAUAAUGCCGAGAAUAACGGAAAAGAUCGAGAACAAAAAGAAGCUGACGCAGUUGAAGAGAUUGAUCCAAUUUUGUUCGGUGAGUUUCAACUCUGGCGCGAGGCGGGUCAUCCUACCACUUCACAUCCGUUCAUUGAUCGUGUACUCAUUGAAGAAGUCGAGCCAUGCAUGCUAUUUGAAAAUCAAAAGUUAUCGGAAGAACUGAUGCUAGCAAUCAAGGAAAAUCGAGUGCAAUUAGAGCCACUAAAUGAGCAUAAUCCUUCGGUUAGAACAUGCGAGUUGACGAGUGUGUCCCGCUUUUGCCCGUAUCGAAUUCGAACCGACGACUCGGCUGAAUGGCAUUAUAUUUCACUAAUUGCUAGAAAUAAGAUAGCUGCCGUUUGCGACUUUUUCACAUGCAUUCGUUAUCUUCGCGAAGGCCUAAUCAAAUCUGGAUUGCGCGAUUCCUAUUUCCACGUUGUCGCUCUUCGCAAAAACAUGGCUCUCGCCAAAUUAGGCCUCGGAUUCGUGCCAAAAUCCAACAUUCGCCAUAAUCAUUGA